UGUUCAUCAGAGAGAACUGAUGGAAAAAGGAGUGGAAGUAGUGGAGGGGAAGGUGGACUGGAAGGGAAGACCUGCAAAGAAGAGAGUUCAUGGGGGAACUCGCUCUACUUUUCUUAUUCUCGGGUUGGUGGUGUUUGAUAACUUUGCAGUCCUAGGACUGUCAGUGAACUUCGUGACAUACUUCACAACAGUAAUGCACUGGGACAUAGCCACUGCCUCCAGUGCAGUCACCAGCUUCAUGGGCACAGGUUACAUGCUUGCAGUCAUUGGUGCUUUUUUUGCUGAUGGUUUUAUAGGGAGGAGCAUGAUCUCAAUCAUCUCUUGCUGGUUCUAUUUCAUGGGGCUAGUGUUGCUAACAGUGCAAGCUCACUUCCCUUCUCUCAAGCCAGAGCCAUGCAAUAUAUAUCUCCAAAAAUGUGAGGAAGUGAAAGGGGGCAAUGCUGCAUUCCUUUACACUUCCAUGUACCUAGUGGCCGCCGGAAUGGCAGGGCUAAAGGCAGGCUUGCCACCUCACGGUGCUGACCAGUUUGAUGAGAAUGAUCCCCAAGAGGCAUCACAUAUGUCAAGCUUUUUCAACUGGUUAUUAUUAAGUAUUUGCAUUGGAGGUUCAUUUAGCCUGACAUUCGCUGUGUGGAUCCAAGAUAAUGUGGGUUGGGACUGGGGUUUUGCCAUUGCAUGUAUUAGCAUCUUUUUAGGGACCAUCAUCUUUGUUGCAGGGUACCCUGUCUACCGUUUCCAUGUCAUUCAGAAAAAUAAUCCCAUCACUGAAAUAAUUCAGGUUUAUGUGGCAUCCAUUAGAAACAGAAAUCUUCAGCUUCCAGAGAACCCUAAAGAUCUAUAUGAGAUUGAUGAACAAGAUAAAGAGUCUGCAACUCAUAGUGAAGUUGAGUUUCAACCACACAGAGAUAUGUAUAGGUGUUUAGACAAAGCAGCAAUAAGAACAGAGCAAAGUCCUAGUCCAUGGAAACUAUGCAGAGUGACUCAAGUGGAGCAUGCAAAGACCAUCCUUGCCAUGCUUCCCAUCUUUGCAAGCUCCAUCUUAAUGAGCACAUGUCUUGCCCAACUCCAAACCUUUUCAGUGCAGCAAGGAGCAACAAUGGACACUCACAUUGGCAGCUCAUUCAAGAUCCCUGCUGCUUCUUUGCCUAUCAUUCCAGUUGCCUUUUUAGUGAUCAUUGUCCCUGUGUACGACCAGUUGAUCGUCCCGUUCAUCAGAAAGUUCACCGGCCACCCCACCGGCAUCACUCAUCUCCAGCGCAUCGGUGUAGGCCUCGUCCUUGCAUUCAUUUCCAUGGUGGUUGGCGCUCUGGUGGAAGUGAAACGCAAGAACGUAGCCAAGAGCCAUGCAAUGCUUGACGCUGUCCCUAUACAACAACCAUUGCCUAUUAGUUGCUUCUGGCUUGGAUUCCAGUUCUUUAUAUUUGGGAUUGCUGACAUGUUUACUUAUGUUGGGUUGCUUGAGUUCUUCUACUCUGAGGCUCCCAAGCAACUGAAGUCCAUUGCUAGUUCAUUCUUGUGGUGCUCCUUGGCUCUUGGGUAUUUCUUGAACACUAUACUUGUGGAGUUAGUGAAUGCGGUUACUAAGAAGUUCACAAGAAGUGGAGGAUGGCUGGCAGGGAACAAUCUUAACAGAAACCACUUGAACUUGUUCUACUGGUUGUUGGCUUUUCUUUGCUUUUUCAACUUCUUUAAUUAUUUGUUCUGGGCCUCCAGGUACAAAUACAAGCAGGAAACUCAACCGGUUUUUAAAUGAAUAUAUAUUAUGUAGAGAAAUUUGUGAUGUGUUUUA